CUCCAGAGAGGAGCUGCCCUUUCUGCGCAUCGAGACGAUAGAAACGAACGCGGAAGUUUCCGCCCCAGAAGAGCGCGCGGCAGCGACGCAGUGACAGAGGCAGCAGGAGGGGCUCGCGAUGGCCUCGCGCUAGCAGCUAGUCAGAAAGAGUUUUUUUUUUUUUUUUUUUUUUUUUUCUUUCCUGCGCAGCUGUGUCGCCCGUCGCGUGAAGCUGGAAUUGAAAGGACCUCCUCCCUCCCUCGCACCAUGGCCACCUUACCGACGGCGGAGAGGAGGGCGUUCGCAAUGAAGAUCAACAGGUAUUCUUCCGCGGAGAUCAGGAAACAGUUCAGCGGGAAUUAUGGGUCGCUCCCCCACCACCAGCGGCACAGCUCCAACAUGUCGGGCUCCUUCUCCCUGCAGAUACCUCAGUUCUACGACGCAUCGGAACCCCUUGACCUGGAGGAGUUCCUGAUGACGCAGCUGCACAGCGGAGACGUUGAACUCAUGCAGGAACUUGGUGAUUUCCCUGAUGACCAUCUUGAGGUCCAGCUGGUCGAGAGGGAGUGUAGGACCAUCCGGCAUUCCAUUCCAGAGGAAGGAGUGGAGCUGGACCCCCAUGUGCGAGACUGUGUUCAAAGCUACACGCAGCCCUGGCUUGUGGUCAGUAGAAGGUGCCAAGGGGAUGGCUGGAGUGGUUGGAAUGUGUACUCAGAGAGGACAGGUCUACACAAAGUCCUACAGAAGCAGACCUUUGAGAGCGAUGUAGCGCCAGACAAGCAAGAACACCUGGCGAAGUCCCCCUCCCUAGCGGUCCUGAGCGAUGACUCGGGCCGCACGCUCACGUCGUCAGAUUUUGACCUGCGAGGGCUGCAGCCGGAUGCUCGAGUUGAGGGCCUGCUGCGCUUUAGCAACCCUGACGAUCUUGACCGGCACAACCAGGAAUCUCGGCAAGCCAGCCGCCACCCUGAGCUCUUUGCUCUGUACCCUCCCGCAGAUGAGGAAGAUGCUGUGGAGAUACGCCCUGUUCCUGACUGUCCAAAAGAGCACAUUGGACACCGAAUCCUUGUCCGAUGUCAGGCCAUCAAAUUUGAGAUAGACAUAGAGCCCUUAUUUGCAACCUUGGCUAUGUAUGAUCUGAAGGAGAAGAAGAAGAUCUCCGAGAACUUCUACUGUGACCUGAACUCGGACCAGCAGAAGGCGUUCCUGCGACCUCACAUCCCCCAUAUGGACAUCUCUAGUCUGGCCAAAUCAGCCAUUUUCUCCAUAACCUACCCAUCUCCUGAUAUCUACCUAGUCAUCAAGAUUGAAAAGGUCCUGCAGCAGGGAGAGAUCAGCGACUGUGCAGAGCCUUAUCUUGUCAUGAAGGAGAGCGACAGUGCAAAGAACAAGGACAAGCUAGAGAAGCUGAGGAACCAGGCCGAGUCGUUCUGCCACAGGCUCGGACGGUACCGUAUGCCCUUCGCCUGGGCCACCGUCAACAUCAUGAGCGUUAUCAGCACGGCUACCCUUGAACGAGAUGUCACAGACACAGAAAGCUUGAACGGUAAAAGCAGCAUGGACAGAAAGGGUCACCUGCCUAGGCGAAACUCUGAGCGCUUUGGCUCCCUGGAGGAUCAGUACAAUCUAUCAGGCUUCAAACCAGCCACUAUCACCAUAUCCACCUUCUGCAAGCAGGAAGGAGAUCGUCUGAGUGAUGAGGACCUGUUCAAGUUCCUGGCUGACAUUAAGAGGACUUCCAGUUUGCAAAGGAGAAUAAAGACAGUAACAGGCACCAUUAAACUGGACUUGACUCCAGCACCAGAAAACCUGGCAGCGUGCCUCUCACCGGAGCUCAUUCCAGUGAAACCAGUGGCAGAGAAAAACCAGCGUCCAGUGAAGGAGGUCCUUGAGUUUCCAUCCAAGGAGGUGUAUGUGCCACAUAACAUUUACAGGAAUCUUCUAUAUGUUUAUCCUCAAAGGCUAAAUUUUGUGAACAGGCUGGCAUCAGCACGGAACAUCACUGUAAAAAUUCAGUUUAUGAGUGGCGAGGAUCCCAGCUGUUGUCUACCGGUCAUUUUUGGGAAAUCCAGUGGUCCUGAAUUUGUCCAAGAAGUUUAUACACCAAUCACAUACCAUAACAAGGCACCAGAUUUUUACGAAGAGGUGAAGAUCAGCCUUCCAGCCAAGCUGACGGAGAAACACCAUCUCCUCUUCACUUUUUACCACAUCAGCUGUCAGCAGAAACAGAACCAAGCAGGAAGUGUGGAGACCCUCAUUGGCUACUCUUGGCUCCCAAUGCUGAACAACGACCGGCUGCAAACAGUCCAGUAUUGCCUCCCCAUUGCCCAGGAUCGACUUCCUGCAAACUACUCCAUGCAUCCCCCAGAGAAGAUGCCCCCUCAGGUCCCUCCGGUGAAGUGGGUGGAAAGCCACAAAGGAGUGUUCAACCUGGAGGUGCAAGUUGUGUCCUCCAUACACACACAGGAUAACCACCUUGAACGCUUCUUCACCCUUUGCUAUGCCCUGGAAAACAAGGUGACUUUUCCAAUCCGCGUUCGGGACGACAAGAUCCCGGAGAACAAGUUGGAGCACGAGCUGAAGCUGAGCAUCAUCUCGUUGUCGUCAUCCCGGCUGGAGCCCCUUGUGCUCUUCCUCCACCAGGUUUUGGAUAAACUGUUCAGGCUCAUCCUGCAACCCAUGGUCAUUGCAGGGCAGACAGCGAAUCUGGCCCAGAUUGCCUUUGAGUCUGUGGUUUCAAUCAUCAACAGCCUCCACAACAGCCAGGAGCUGGCCAAGGACCAGCAAGGAAGAAACUGUCUUCUAGCAACCUACUUGUAUUAUGUGUUCCGGCUACCAGACACUCAGCGUGAGAUACUGAACGCAACUCCAGGUGCCAGCACAUCUUUACUGCACCCAGAAAGCCGUUACAACACCAUGGGACGGGCGACAGCCACUGCCGUGGGUUCCAAGCUCCUGCAGUCUCGUAUCCUGAGCAGCAGCAACCCUGACAUCCAUGCCCAACAUGGGGUUGAAGACACAGAGGUCAAGAACAUCUUGAAUUCCAAGGGUUUGAAUCAUCCAGGUAGUCGCAUGUCCACAUAUGUGGAUGUUAACAACUACUUCCAGAGUGCUGGGGGUACAAGGCCUGCUAACAAGAAGCAAUUCCAUGAGGAGCUCGCCCUGCAGAUGGUGGUCAGCACGGGGGUCUGCAGGGAGAACGCUUAUAAAUAUGCCUGGUUCUUCUUUGAGCUGCUGGUGAAAAGUAUGGCUCAGCAGGUCUCCAACCUGGAGAAGCAAGGUGUUCCUCGUAGGAGCCGUUUCACUGACAGAUUCAAAGAUGACAUCACCACUAUCGUCAGUGUGGUGACAGCAGAGAUCUGCACCAUCCUGGUGAAACAGCAGAAGGAGCUGGACCAAGCAGAAAAAGUCAACAUCAGUCUGGCCUUCUUCCUGUAUGACCUUCUGUCGCUCAUGGACCGCGGCUUCGUCUUCCAUCUGGUGAAGAAUUACUGCAAUCAGAUGUCGGCAAAGGGCAUGUCAAUGCCCGUUCUGAUCACCAUGCGCCUGGAGUUCCUGAGGAUCCUGUGCAGCCACGAGCAUUACCUGAACCUUAGCCUAUUUUUCACUAGCCCCGCCUCUGCUCCUGCCUCCCCCUGUCCAUCAAUAUCCUCACAGAACUCCAGCUCCUGUUCAAGCUUCCAGGAGAGCAAGGUGGCCAGUAUGUUUGAUCUGUCUCAGGACUUCAAGCAGCAGCACUACCUGACUGGCCUGCUGCUCACUGAGCUCAGUGCCGCUCUGGACAUGGAGUCUGAAGGGGGAAAGGUUCAGAAGAAAGCCAUCAAUGCCACAUACAGCCUACUAUGCGCUCACGACCUGGACCCGCGAUGCUCCCGUGCCGAGGUCAGAUCAAAGAUCGCGGCUCUCUAUCUCCCCCUGGUGGGCAUCAUCAUCGACUCCCUCAACCACCUUGACUUCACCGUGACUGAGUCCCGUGGUGGCAAAGGGAAGACAGGCGGCCCAGAGGAAGAGGCAGACUCUGUCACCCCCAUCAAUCAGUCGGUUGCCUUGGCAAUCGCAGGCAACCCCUUUAGCACCCUGGGGAGAAGCGCACUCAGCGCCCUGACGUCUGGGUCUGGGAAAGCCAGCGGCACCCUGAGUGCAGAAACCAGCCGGAACCUACUGGUCUGCUUCCUUUGGAUUAUGAAGAACGCAGACCAGAGCCUGAUCCAGAAGUGGACCAUGGAUAUGCCUUCCCCGCAGCUGAACCGCCUACUUGAGCUGCUCACCAUCUGCAUCUCCUGCUUCGAGUAUCGGGGGAAGCAGAGCUCAGACAAGGUGAGCACGCAGGCCUUGCAGAAGUCUCAGCAGGCCAAGGCCCGUCUGGAGGAGGCACUGCUGGGUGGAAUGGGAGCCCGUGGAGAGAUGAUGAAGCGUGUGGGAGGUAAUGACAGAACCCAGGGGCAGAGGGAGAACCUGCGCUGGAGGAAAGAUCUCACGCAGUGGCGUCAAACUAAUGACAGGCAGGACAAGACCAAGGCAGAACUUGACCAGGAAGCCUUGAUAAGUGGGAAUCUGGCCACUGAGGCCAACCUCAUUGUCCUGGACCUGCUGGAAAUCAUCCUCCAGGGUGUGUCAAUGGUGGACUGUAAAGACAAUGCCCUGGGUGGAGUGCUGCGGGUUUUGCUGCACUGUAUCAGCUGCAACCAGAGCACCACCUUCCUGUCCCAUUGCUUCAGCACUCUCCGUGCACUCAUCGUCAAGUUCGGGGACCUGCUGUUUGAGGAGGAGGCAGAGCAGUGUGCGGACCUUUGCCAGAAGGUCCUGCAGCACUGCAGCAGCAGCUUGGACAGCAAUAGGAACCAGGCCUGUGCCACGCUAUACCUCAUCAUGAGAUACAGUUACAGCUCUGCCAGCAACUUCUCAAGGGUGAAGAUGCAGGUGACCAUGUCACUGGCCUCUCUGGUGGGCAAGUCUUCAGACUUCCAUGAGGAGUAUUUGCGCCGUUCGCUGCGCACCAUGCUGGCAUAUGCAGAAGAAGACACAGAAGUGCAGUCUACACAGUUUCCCUCACAGGUGGACGAACUUCUAAGAAACUUGAACAGCAUCCUGUCAGACACAGUGAAGAUGAGGGAGUUCCAGGAGGACCCCGAGAUGCUGAUGGACCUCAUGUACAGAAUAGCAAAGGGGUACCAGACCUCUCCAGACCUGCGACUGACCUGGCUACAGAACAUGGCAGAAAAGCAUAAAAACAAAAAGUGCUUCACAGAGGCAGCCAUGUGCUUGGUGCACGCUGCUGCCCUGGUGGCUGAGUACCUCAGUAUGCUGGAGGACCACAAGUACCUGCCUGUGGGCAGUGUCACCUUCCAGAACAUUUCCCCCAAUGUGCUGGAGGAAUCGGCCGUGUCAGACGAUAUCCUGUCCCCGGAUGAAGAUGGCGUGUGCUCAGCACGGUACUUCACAGAGAAUGGCCUUGUGGGGCUACUCGAGCUGGCCGCUGACCUUUUCAGCAAUGCUGGCCUGUAUGAGACCGUCAAUGAGGUCUUUAAAAUCAUCCUGCCCAUCCUGGAGGCCCACAGGGACUUUCGCAAGCUGGCCUUCAUACACGAUAAGCUGCAGAAGGCCUUUGAGAACAUCAAUCACAAGGGUCACAAGAGAAUGUUUGGAACAUAUUUCCGUGUCGGCUUCUACGGCGCCAAGUUUGGGGACCUGGAUGAGAGGGAGUUCAUUUACAAGGAACCUGGGAUCACUCAUCUGCCAGAAAUCUCCCACAGAUUAGAGUCUUUCUAUAGUCAGUGUUUUGGAGGAGAUGCACUAGAGAUCAUCAAGGAUUCCACACCUGUUGACAGAAACAAGCUGAAUCCAAAUAAGGCUUACAUCCAGAUCACCUUUGUGGAGCCCUACUUUGAUGACUAUGAGAUGAAGGACCGGCUGACGAACUUUGAGAAGAACUUCAACCUGCGCCGCUUCAUGUACACUACUCCAUUCACCAAGAGUGGCAAACCACGUGGCGAGCUCAACGAGCAGUACAAGAGGAAGACCAUCCUCACCACCAUGCAUGCUUUCCCUUACAUCAAGACUCGCAUCAAUGUCAUACAGAAAGAGGAGUUUGACCUCACACCCAUUGAGGUGGCCAUUGAGGAUAUGCAGAAGAAGACACGAGAGCUGGCUGUGGCCACUCACCGGGAGCAGCCUGAUGCCAAAAUGCUGCAGAUGGUGCUGCAGGGCUCUGUAGGGGCCACAGUCAAUCAGGGACCCUUGGAGGUGGCCCAGGUCUUCCUGAACGAAAUCCCAGCGGACCCCAAGCUCUUCCGUCACCACAACAAACUGCGACUGUGCUUCAAAGAAUUCAUCCUGCGGUGCGGAGAAGCAGUAGAGAAGAACAAACAUCUCAUCACUCCAGACCAAAAGGAAUACCAGCAGGAACUAAAGAAGAACUACAACAAGCUGAGGGAAAACCUCCGGCCUAUGCUAGAAAGGAAGAUUCCUGACCUGUAUAAGCCCAUCAUUAAGCCACGGAUUGAGAGCAGGGAUUCGUUCAAACGACUCAGCCUCCGAAAAACCGCGGAAGAAAAUCCCUGAGACCCUCAGCCACCUGCUACGUGUGUAACCCCUGCAGAAACCAGGCUCACAAGGCACCAAGAGAUGGAGAGGAGAGAUGAGAAACAAGAACAAAAUCCCAGAAGGCUGCUGUGGUGGAGUCUGCCUGCAGCAGACCCAAAAUUAAUGGCUUCACAUUUCACAUUGAAAUGUUCUGCUAUCAGUGAGGAUCUCGACCACUGACAAAAAACAGUGGGGAAAAAAGAGUAUAUUUCAUAUAGUUUCUUACCAGUUCCUAAAGAUGUAGAUAUAAAUUAAAAGGUCAUAUGGCAUAGCGAAAACUCCUAUGAUUAAAUUAGUGCAGUGUUUCUUAAAAAUAUUUAAGAAGUACAUAUACAGUUUACAGACGAAUGCAAAUAGUAUCUUAAUUCUUUCAGUAAAUCAAUGUGUACCACUAGGAUGGUGUAAUCUACUGUAUAUACAGUAUACUAUCCAAAAUAGAGAUUUCUCUAUAGAUGGUAGUAUUAAGAGCCUGUAGGAACUUUGUGUCCUAAUCCCCGAGUACAUUUAUCUGACCAUAAAAUCCAUGACAAACAGCCGAUUCAGGCCCUGGGACAGGUAACAGAAAGGUCAGUAGUAAAAAAAACACUGACUGAGCUGUGAGUGAAGAUACCUUCUUCUUUUAUUACCUGUCAGUCUCUAAUGAUCACACUUGGAAAUCAAAAUACAGCCUUACAAAAACAACUGCUAGUUCCUCAUGCUGGAAAUUAUGGUAGUGAAUAAUGUAUCCAACUGUAAAAAGGGAAUACUUUCUCCAAAUUACUGAAGCUGCAAUAUAUAGUGUAUUUACUUAAAAGCAUUUAGCUGUAUAGAUUUUUUUUAGAAUGUUAUUUAUUUUGAGUUCAUGAGUCAGGUUUACAUUCUGGAGGAUAACCCCUCUGAAAUAAAGCAGUGCGGUACAGCCACCUCUCAUAUGGUGAAUUCCUUCUCCAAGAAGGAAAACAGCAGUACAAAAUGUGCUACAGAACUGCAGGAAGUGGGCCUAAGCUUCCUUGGAUAAAGAAGUAAUUGCAUGUGAUGCGAUGUGCUGCAAACUAGUGUAUAGCUUUUAAUUUUAGGUGUUGGCCAGGUGGUUUUAUUUAAACCUUUUAAUAGGAGGUUGUGUGCCUUGAAAUAAAAACAGUGCAGGUACAAUUAUUUAUGAACUAAAUUAUGCCGUUGGUUCAUGAUAUGUAAGUUCCACUUUCCCAGUAUGUUUUCCUUUCAUAAAACCAGCAGUACUUUUUAUUUCUUAAUGUACUUGGUCCAUAUAAUUGUUUUUUUUUUAUUUAUAUUUUAUCCAUUUUUCUUCCAGUGUAGUCACAGACAGCUGUUUGACUAUUUCAUUCUGGAAGUAGGACACCCAUGUAGACUGGUAGGGAACAUGGGGGGAAUAUGGGCACUGGAACACACCUCCUCCUGUGUCCCUGCUGUCACAGCAGCCUACAGACAACAUCACAGCUAAUUACUGCUUGAAAGUCCUUAACCUCAUCGUGGUAUUCCAAAAUAAUUUUUUUUUGUUGAAAGAUUCAAAAAAAAAGAC